UCCUUUUAUUUGGGCAAAAGGAGAACAGCCAAAGAAGCCGAACACACACAGAGAGAGACGAAGAAUGGUGGAGACCCAACAGAGGGAAGAAGUAGAUGAAGGCUGAGAUAAGAAAGAUAGAGAUAGAGAGAAGGGGAAAAAGGAGGAAACACUAGAAAACAAGGGCAGAGGGAAAAACAACAACAACUGAAAUAAACUGAUGCAGGAAGAUUGAUGGAUGGCAGGACAGAGACAGGUGGCAGGCAAAAUUUGAUGGAUUAAUAGCAAAGGGAUGUGCAUUCAGAAUCUUUCCAGCAUCCAAUCAUCUCUGUGAGCAAAAGAAGAUAGGGGGUGCAGAGAAACCGAUCAAAGAAAGAAAGAGGGAGAGAAAUGGGAUAAGGAGAACAAAAGAGCACAACUCAGAACUAGCAGCCCAAAGAGAAAGCUCCCGAUCGUCUGCCCUCUCCAUCCAUCGCAGCUUUCCGACUCUCCAAACUUCUGAUCUCAUGUCAGGACGUGCCAUUCGAGCCGAGACGAGGAGCCGGGCAAAAGAUGACAUCAAGAAAGUGAUGGCUGCUAUUGAACAUGUCCGGAGAUGGGAAAAGCGUUGGGUGACGGUAGGAGACACCUCUUUACGGAUCUACAAGUGGGUACCUAUUAUGGACCCUCGGGACGAGGAGAAAAGAUGCCUGGGAGGUAGCAAAGAGCAGCAGACCACCAAAGAGAGAAGGUUUUCUCGAAGCAACCCUGCUCUGCUCAUGUUGGACCUGAACGAUGAGAACAGCAGCCAGAGUUCUCUUUCGGAGACGUCCCUGCAGAAAGGAGGUGACACCAGCCCCACCCCUACCCCGGAUCGAAGCCAGACGGUGACUCCCACCCUCUUAGGAGAGCUGAAGACAGAAGACUUGCAGCCACCUCUGUUGGGGCAAGAGGGAGAUUCUGGAGUGCCCCUUCUUGAGGGAACCGAUGACCCUCCCAAGCUUAGUAAAGAAGAACCAGAUCUCAUGGCAUCUGAUUUCCAGGCUACGGACAAAGCAACUUGCUUGGAACCCACCACAGCUGUGGAAAAACGAACAUCUGAAGUGGAGGAAUCUUUCUUGUUAGAAGGUCCCUCCCCGAAGCGGACCCGUACAGAGGAACAAGCUUUGCAGCCUACCCCAUCUUCUGAGGUUUAACCUCAAGUUUCAGGCCUGUCCUUCCCAUUUCUUCUGAUAGAUGGAUCUAUGUGGGAGAAGAUGACAUAAUGUUAGCUAAAUAUGGUGCAUUCAAACCUCCUGUCUGCAACAUGUGAUUGCUAUCGUACUUCCUGCUGCCCCCUUGUGACAACACUGUUUACAUGAAGCAUUCAUGUUUUAUGCAUGCAUGGAAAUGAAACAUGGUUGUGGGAGGGGAGGGCUAGAACCAAAAGAAAUCAUGUAGACUUGCAGAAAUGAGGAAAAUGCUAUUUACCUUACUUAUGCAGAAAUGUGAUUUAUAUAUUGGGAAUAUGAGUGAAUAAAAGUAAAGGUCUGUUUUAAAGCACACAUUAGGAAGGUCAAAAGCUUCCUAGAUUCUACCUUCUAGCCUAGUUUUUUCAGCAUGAAAGAGUAGCCUGUAGUUUAAAAGCAAGGCUAAAAUUUUAUAUCCAUUCCAAAUCCAAAUUUUGCAGCACCAAACACAUAUUUUGGGAAAAGAGCAAGUUGCACAAUUUAAUUAUUUAAUAAUGCUAAAGCUUAGGGUUCAGGAAGCUUUAAAAACAUACUGGAAAAGGCAUGCAAGAUAUGAUUCUCUUACGGACAGCCAUUUGGCUGGCAUAGGAUCUCCUGCUUGAGCAGGGGGUUGGAUGAGAAGACCUCCAAGAUCCCUUCCAACUCUAUUAUUCUAUGUUCUCUGUUUGCAGAUGACAAAUCCAAUGCUGCUUUGCCAGCAGAGAAAACAGAUUGAACUUUGAUGUGAAGGUCCAAAUGAGGCCUGGAAUUAAGCCUCAAUUGAAAUGAUUAACAUUUGCUCUAAAGCAGGAAUGGGCAACUAUGGCCCCUUUAUGAACCAUGGACUUUAACUCCCAGAAUUCCUGAGCCAGACAUGUAGGAAUUCUGGGAAUUGAAGUCUACAGGCCAAAAAGGGACUAUAGCUGCCCACCCUGCUCUAAAGACUUUUUAUAGAGUAUGCAUCUGGGACACCGGGCUUUAUAUUCUGAGGAGAAAUUUCCCCCUAUAGUUAUUUCUGUUGUUGAAAACUUGGGGUUGGGGUAAUUAGAAAAUCCAGGAGUCUUGUAGAAUGUAAAAAAACACUAACCCACUUAUAACAGAAAGAUUUCCUGCUUUGAUUCAGUUGCCACCUCAAAGAUGCCCCAUUUAUGCCCACUGCAAAGACUAAUUUGGUACAUAAAGGCAAACAAGGCAGACCAACAGCUGGCCUUUGCUCAGGAGUUGAAGGAUCCCAGGGGAAAUGUGCAAAGCUAUAAUUUGUUGGAUAAUAACAGGCAAAAUCAAGUUUGCUUAUGGUUUCUCCUAAGGGAUAAUUUCAGCCAAAUGAACAUGUAGGGCUGAGGCAUGUCUAAGAGCCACGUUUAUAGUGUCAUGCUGUAAUUAUGUCAUUUGCACCAACUGCAUCAUUCGAAUCAUUUGCAACCAGGUAGUCCUUGGCUUAUGAGAGAAAUUUCACACUCUAGUAUAAGUAGUCCUUGAU